AUGUCGCUCAACCGCCCGAUCAUAGACCUCGAUGAGGGGUGGGCACAGAUGGAAAUCGGCAUCGCCAAGCUCAAGCGCAUCCUCGCCGACGAACCCCGCGUCAGCUUCGUCUCCGAUGAGUACAUGCACCUCUACACGACGAUAUACAACAUGUGCACGCAGAAGUCGCCGCACGACUACUCGCAGCAGCUCUACGACAAGUACAGGGGGGCCUUCGACGAUUACGUCACAUUCACCGUGUUGCCCUCCUUGAGGGAGAAGCACGGUGAGUUCCUGCUGAGGGAACUCGUGCUCAGGUGGAAAAACCACAAGGUAAUGGUCAGGUGGCUGUGCAGGUUCUUCCACUACCUUGACCGCUACUUCAUUACACGGAGGUCACUUCCGGCCCUUAAAUCAGUUGGCUGGGAAUCCUUCAAAACUCUGGUAUGGUCUUUCGCCUUUGACGAGCUGAAAGCAACAGUUACAACAAUUUUGAUCACCAUGGUCGACAAGGAUAGAGACGGCCAGAUUAUAGACCGUACUCUUGUCAAGAAUGUUCUUGAUAUCUAUAUUGAACUCGGGCAUGACCCAGCAAGAAAUCAAUCUGCACCAGAUCCACCUUACGAGAAGGACUUCGAAGAUGCAUUUCGGCAGGGUACAAUAGAUUACUAUUCUAAGAAGGCCCAAACCUGGAUUGUGGAGGACACUUGCCCUGAAUACAUGCUUAAGGCUGAGAUGUGCUUACAAAAAGAGAAGGAACGAGUUGCACAUUAUUUACACUCUUCUACUGAACCAAAGUUAAUGGAGGCUGCACAAGGAGAAUUGCUAGCUCGGCACAUAGACCAAAUCUUGAAGAAAGAGAAUUCUGGAUGCAAAGUGUUGCUUUGUAAUGAAAAGGUUGAAGAUCUGUCAAGGAUGUUUAGGCUCUUCUCUAGGAUAAAAGAUGGCCUGCCUCCAGUAUCUAAAACAUUCCAGGAGCAUGUCAAUGAAGUAGGCAUGUCUUUGUUGAAGCAAGCAGUAGAUGCUGCUGCCAACCAAUUUCCUAAUAGUGCAUCCUGCUUAUUACAGGACUACGUGCGGAAAAUCCUGGAUCUCCAUGACAAAUACAUGGCAUAUGUCAUCAACAGUUUCCAGAACCAUACACUAUUUCACAAGGCACUUAAGGAGGCCUUUGAAGUUGUUUGCAAUAAAGAUGUCGCUGGUUGCACUAGUGCGGAGUUAUUCGCAUCAUACUGUGACAGUAUUCUUAGAAAAGGUGGAAUCGAAAAACUUAGUGAUGAAGCAAUUGAAGGGAACCUUGAAAAGGUUGUGAAGCUUCUUUCAUACAUCAGCGAUAAGGACCUCUUUGUUGAGUUUCAUAGGAAGAAGCUAGGAAGGAGGUUGCUCUUUGAUAAGAAUGGCAAUGAUGAACUAGAGAGAAGCUUGCUUGCCAAGCUAAAGCAGUAUUUUGGAGGGCAGUUUACUUCAAAAAUGGAGGGCAUGCUCACUGAUAUUAUUCUUGCAAAAGAUAAUCAAACAAAAUAUGAAAAAUACAUCAGCAGGAACCCGGAGUUGCAUCCUUCGGUAGAUCUGAGUGUUCAGGUUUUGACGACAGGAUAUUGGCCAACAUACAAAAGCAGUGAAAUAAAUCUCCCUUCAGAGAUGGUUAAGUGUGUGGAGGUGUUCAAGGGGUUUUAUCAAUCAGUCACGAAAUACCGCAAGAUGAACUGGAUUUAUUCCUUGGGAAAUUGCAACAUAAUUGGGAGGUUUGAAUUGAAACCCAUUGAGCUGAUUGUUACAACUUAUCAGGGGGCACUGCUAUUGCUAUUCAAUGAAUCCGAGAGACUAAGUUUCUCUGAGAUUGUGACACAACUAAAUCUUUCUGAAGAUGAUACUGUACGCGUGCUUCAUUCACUUUCAUGUGGAAAGUACAAGAUUCUCAACAAAGAGCCAAAUAGCAGAACAAUUUCCCCAAAUGAUGUCUUUGAGUUCAACCACAAAUUUACUGAUAAGAUGCGAAGGAUAAAGGUUCAACUUCCUCCCUCCGACGAGAAGAAAAAGGUCAUCGAUGAUGUGAACAAAGACAGGAGGUUUGCAAUUGACGCAGCACUAGUGCGAAUCAUGAAGAGCCGCAAGAUCAUGACCCAUCAGAAUCUUGUUGCGGAAUGCGUGGAACAGCUCAGCCGCAUGUUCAAGCCUGACAUCAAAAUGAUCAAGAGAAGGAUCGAGGACCUUAUCACGAGAGAAUACCUGGAACGCGAUAAGGAUUCGGCAAACUCAUAUCGAUACUUAGCUUGAUUGGUUGAUGCUGACUGCUACGAGCCUCACAGCAGUGUUGCCACCUGUACAUUCUUCCAACGUCCAGAGGCAUAGGAUUAUCGGAUCAGGGUAGCAUAGGUUGAGAG